UCGCUGGAUGUGCCCAAGUCAGGCAAGCUGGUGCAUCCGGCCGAUGCCUUGCCUAGGGUAUACCCUGGGUAUGAUCCUGUGACGUCUGUGGGAAUUGUGCGCUCAGAUACUGAGGGACGUCCGUGUUCUCGCGGCAGCGAUAUGUGCGUUAGUGUUGCCCUGUCAAACUGGAAACCUCGAAACGUUCCUUUGCCGGCGGCGAGGACAAUCAUGCUUGGGGUCCAAUCGGAGUGGAGAUGGUAUCGUGCCAGACAUGUUCUUCGAUGGAAAUUUGGGGCGCCUCGUGUGCAGUGGUCGGUCUAA